AUGAGUACUGGGUUCAAGGUGGAUUUUGCCUCGAAGGAGGAUAUUAUAAAGUGUAAUUAUGAAGAAUGCGAAGAUAGAGGAAAUAACUUGAGUUUUAAUAGUGAUGUGAACAGUGUCACUUAUGAUGAUGUUUCUUCAAUAAGUGAAGAAUUUUCAGAAUAUAAUUUAUCACGCACCCAGAGUUCAUUGGCUCCACCAAUAGAAGCUUCUGCAAUUAGGGACGUAGAAGAAGCAUGGAGAGCCUUAUCUAAAGAAUUAGAAGAAAAUCACUCAAAACCAAUAAUUCGUACUCUUGGGACUGUUUUUGUAACAAGAGAGGAAGUUGGAACAAAGGAUUCAAUUGAAUAUAGAGUAUUUUAUAAAAAUGAAGAAGGUAAAAAAAUCUCACCAUGGCAUGAUGUGCCGUUGUGGUUUUCAGAAACACCUCUGUUAUAUAAUAUGAUCAUUGAGAUUCCAAAAUUGACCAAUAAGAAAUUUGAGAUCAACACAAAAGAAGAAUAUACUCCCUUAUAUCAGGAUAGAAAGUUGGAAAGGCUUAGAACUUAUCCAGGUCCAAUUCCUUGGAAUUAUGGUGCUUUUCCACAAACGUGGGAAGAUCCAAAUAAGAAGGGAGACGAGAAUGUUGAUUUUAGUCACGGUGACAAUGAUCCUCUUGAUGCUGUUGAAAUUGGAGUAGGACCUCUUCCACGUGGAACAGUUAUACCAGUAAAAAUUCUAGGUUGUCUUGCUUUAAUUGAUGAUGAUGAAUUGGAUUGGAAAGUCGUAUGUAUUCGUGUUUGUGAUCCUAAUGCAUCACAACUUAAUGACAUUACAGAUGUGGAAAAGUUUUUCCCUGGCACUAUAGAUAGGAUUAGGAGAUGGUUUGGGCUUUACAAAGCAGUUGAGAACAAAGAUAUUGCAAAGGUUAAUAUGUAUGGACAUUUUGGAGAACCUCAAUCUGCGGAAUUUGCUCAUACAGUAAUUACAGAAACUCACCAUUCAUAUUUACGCCUUAUUAAGGGAGAAGCAGCGAAUUCGUGUUCAUUAUGGAUACCUAGAAGUCUUUCUAAUAGUAAUGAAUCAGAAUUAUGUCACACAGUAUGCUCUACAAACAGCACUGCUACUGUAUCUAGCAAUGAUAUUGAAGGAUUUCCUGUUAAUGAAGCGAUUAAAUGA